AAUUUUUGGAUGUCAUAUUGAAGGUGACAGAAGAUUACUCAUCUCCUUUUCAAUUUUGGUUUGGCAGCAAGUUGCUCAUUGGAAUAUACGAACCGGAUGACGUAAAAACUAUCUUACAGAGUAAAAAUUGUAUAGAUAAAAGUAUACUGUAUAAAGUUAUUCCUCUACUUGGUAUGGGAUUGGUCACUGCUCCUGAAUCCAUAUGGACUCGAAUGAGAAAACUUACUGCACCAACAUUUAGUUCAAUGAUGUUGCGAAAUUUCUUUAAUAUAUUUGUUGAACAAUCUGCAAUAUUUACACAUCAAUUAGAGAAAGAUGAUCUAAGUGGAAACGAAAUUAUCCUUCAAGAACAAAUAUCACAUUGUGCUUGGAGAAUAGCAUGUGGUAAGAUUACAUAAU